AUGGCUUUCUACUUCUGUGUUACCCUGUUGAAGCAUACCUUGCUUGCACUUCUACUUAUCGUCAGCCUUACGACAAAAGCGCAUGCGGCAGACUUUGACCAAUGUAAAGCCAAAGUGCUUGUCGAUAUAGACAGAGGCACUAUCGAAAGCACCUAUCAUUUCGAUAUUGUUUACCACGGCCCGCUUCGUGGCAUCGAUCCGUCGUAUCGAAACGAGACACUAGCCCUGACCGUCGAUGGCUGCAUUGCUGCGUGUGGCUCGGGUCCAGAUCUGUGGGAUGCUUUCACCGUCUUCCAGAUUCUGACGACAUGGAUUCUGCCUAGUGUUAGCCUGAUUGCCCAGCUGCCCUGGGAGUCGCUCAAUAUUCGCAAAAGAAGGAAUCUCGAGGCAUUGCUGAACUGGAUCGGCGCUCCGUCUGCAAGCUUGACCACAACCAUCUUCAACAUAUACAUGAUCAAGAAAUGCCACGAAGUAGCCAGAGCGUCGCCGCCGACCGCCCGAAUGGACGACGCCAUGUAUAUCUUGAGCUGUAUCAACCAGUACCAAUAUCCUGGAAUGUUGCCUGCCCCGCGGCCCGUUGGUCGUCUAGAGAACCAGAGCCUGCCAGACCGACUUCGACGGCUGAAGAAAUUGGUGAUGAGGGGAACGCAUCCCAAGCCGGUGGAUGGUUCCAGUAAUUCAGAAGAAGAACCUGCAUCUACAGUGAGAAAUCGCAACAGAGCACUAUUGCAGGGAGUCUUCCGGCAGCUCAAAUUGUCUGCGCACGGACCACAUGCCGACCAACAAGAGCUCCAAGCACGACUCGCAGAGCUCAACGCCACUCUUGCGUACCACCUGCGCCUCAACCGUAGGAAGGGCGUGUGGCCUCUCGCGCUCAACAUCUUAUGGUUCGGCGUCUCCUUGAUCAUCUCGGUCGCGGUGGCUUUUGCCGACCUUGGUGACAAUACCACCGCACACUCGCUCGCGCUCGGACUUCUACUGUCGUGGAUCCCCUCGUUGGUGGUGAUGGCAAUCAUUGAUCGAAACCCCACGAACUCGAGUCGGUGCCAGGAGCUCAUCGAACGAUGGUUGUACAACGUUGAACAGGUCGUUGAGGCACAAAGGCGGCAAGGGCUCAUCAGAGACGCAGCUAAUGCGGCCACACAACCUCCCCAAGCGGAAGGCUCUGGUGCCGCCCAGCCACCAUUGCCGGGACAGAAUGGGGAAGCACAGCACGGGGAAGCACAGCAAGAAGCAGAAGCCAACGAGCUAGUCCUAUGGAGUAGAGCUCUCGAACUCAGACAACCUGGAGUGCGACGUCGAUAUGGUAUCGGGCAUUUUGUUGGUCAGGGACGCUAUCUGAGAUACUGCGGCGUCGCCAAUGCUGCGCUUAUGCAAUACGAACACGCGGGUGACGACCUCGAUAGCCUCAAUCUUGACGACCCGGCCGGUUUCGAAGCCGAGCUGACAAAACGGCCGUACUCGUGGUUCAUCAUAUGGGUGUGCAGCGAGGUGAUUGUGGGCGUCAGUUUUGGCAUGGCAUUUAUGGUGUCGUUCAAUACACCAACGAUAGGGCUGGGGUGCCGCUCCGGGCUCUACUCGAUAUGGUACAUCCUGAGCUCGCUAUCAUGGCUCGUACUGCUGGCCAUCCAAGAGCCAUGGCGCUGGCUUCAACUGCUCAUGCUGUUACCCAACUUGCUGGCGGUCUUGUCACUGUUCGUCAUCACACUGUCCCAGGUGCUCGGCUUGCUGAACGGGUGUCUGUGCAAGUCGAGCACGUUCGGCAGCUCUGCGUUUGGCGGCUACAUGGACUUUGAGGGUUCCCUCUUCUACCGCAAGGCGUAUGAUGUGACGGUGUUUUGGGCCACGGCUGCCGGCAUCGGAUUUCUCACCUCGUUCACCGUCAUCGCCUGGGCCAUGCGGCGAUGGAGCAAGAGCUCGCCGUUGUGGCGGAUCCAGGAGAAUGGCGGGCCGGAAGCUGGCUCGGAUAUCUCGCUGGAAUGGAUCAGAUGA